ACUUCAGUACGUUUGAUGCCGUCGCGGAGUGAGGUUAAGGAGUUUUGCUGUCAUAUCCUGUAUGUGACUCGCGAUAAAAGCGAUAUGGUCGCUCCUCGCGAAGCGUCCCUCGUCCUAUCUUGCGUCGAACGCUCCGAUUCUGACGGCAUUCAAAUUUCGAACGCGAAUCCUCGCGAAUCCGCUUCGUGAAGUUUAAAACUAUUGUGCUGCGUUACGUCGCGUUCUCCCCGUCGUCUGAAAUUCGGUGUACACCGUGUACGUCGCGCUUCCUGCGACCGAGAAACUCGCUCAACAGUCGAUCGACGUGCGUAACUCAAUUUGACAAAUUAUCGCUCUCGAAAACAUCGCGCUUUUGUUCCCUCCGAAAAGUUGAACUCGUGAAAAUCGCUAAGAUCGCAGUGAAAAACCCGGGCGUGUAAUUUUGUGCGAAAAACGAAUAAAUAUACACAGAUUUACAUAUAAAUAGGUGUGAAAAAUUGGAAGACGUAAGGAUUCGGAAAGUCGAUAUGCCAACUUGAAGAUUACAGCACUUUCAAUUCGAACUUCCAAAGAAGCUCGGAGAUUCGGAUAUACACGCAUACAUUAGAAGGUGCAAAUAAUUUAUGAAACAAACGCGAAAAUCAACAAAUUUUUUUUCGGAAUUCUCGAAGCAUUGCAAAGUUCCGAGGAAAUAAUACAAAAAAAAAACCGUUGUAAAAAUUAAAAGGACCGAAAAUCUGACGAUUUAAAUGAAUAUCUCAACGUCUCCGAGAUUCGAUUUUGUAAUAGAGCGUUUAAUCAAAAGUGGAGUAUAUUCUUUGCUCUCAUCGUGCGUUCGUGUAAAAGGAGGCUGUCCUUAUAAGCGAAAGUGAAUGGAGAGAAGACUCUACGGUCGAGAGUGAAACGGGGUCGGGGAGGAGGUGUCCGUUUGUGGGCGAAGCAACGAGCCGCGAUUGGUCCAUGUUCAACAUCGUGCCCGACGGAGAGCUAAACUUUUCUGUCUCUCGCCAACAAGCGAAUCGCACGAAGCGAACACGAGUGUGUGCGUGACGGCUUUAAAUAUCUCGAUACUCUGAUGCGUAGAUCAAUCGGAGGACAUUCGUAGAUCGGAGCAAAUCACGUCGAUCUUUCGUUGAAAGACGGAUAGGGCGAUCACAGGCCCGGGACUGAUCGUUGAAGGAGCGAUAAAACAUGUUGAAGCUGCUGAAGGGAGAGCCAACGGGCGGUUGUGUGAUUGGCUCGUGCGCAGAUCGAGAAUCGUAUUAGUCCAACUGGCAUUGACGCAUGUCGUAAGCCACGUGAGAGUGAUAGAGAAGCAACGCGUGAACGCCACACGCAAGAUUGGGCUUUUCAAAAAAGAAAGUGAGAAUAAGAAAAAUAAAAAAAUAAAAAAAAGGAGGGAAAAAAGUGAAAGAGAAAGAGAGAGAGAAAGAGAGAGAGAGAAAGAGAGAGAGAGAGAGAGAGAAAAGAAUUACAAUAGAACUAAUUCGAGCAAAAAGCAGGCAAGGCGACAAGCCUCCCAUUUUUCACCGGAAGUCAUAUGCCCAUACACGCGCGUAAAACGCGUACAACUUACGAAGAAAUCGAAAUGGUGGAGUUGUGUGGUAGCGGCCAAGCGUCUUCAGCUAUGGGGGUGAUGGGUAUCGGCUCGAUGGUAUCCGCGGCAACGUCCUCGUCCUCAUCGUCGACCACUACGACGACCGGUGCCUCGUCUUCGGUAUCGGGACGCGCCGGUGUCCUCGAGACUCAAGUACGCGGUCAAUGGUACCGUGUAUUCGUCUCUCUGGAAGACGAUUACCUUAGCAUUUCUCUCGACGAAAGCUGCGAGACCGGCAACAAUACCCUGAACAACGGUAACAUCAACAAUAACAACGUGGAUAGUCUGAACGACCCGGACGUGCCUGACUCAGUGGCGAACCAGAAGCGCGUCGUCCGCGUAGUUAAGAGUGACAACAACGGUCUUGGGAUCUCGAUUAAGGGCGGCAAGGAGAAUAAAAUGCCGAUCCUAAUCUCGAAGAUAUUCAAGGGCAUGGCGGCGGACGCUACCGAGCAGCUUUACGUCGGUGAUGCCAUUUUGGCGGUUAACGGCGAAGAUCUACGUGAAGCCACGCACGAUGAGGCAGUAAAAGCGUUGAAGAGGGCCGGAAAAACCGUCGAACUGGAAGUGAAAUACUUGCGGGAAGUGACGCCGUACUUCAGGAAGGCUUCGAUCAUUCAGGAAGUGGGCUGGGAACUUCAGCGCGGUUUCCUCAGCGCGACGCCACCGCCGCCAAAGUCACCACCCCGAGCGGAUACUCGUUAUCUGCCAUUACAACUCUGCAGACUCACCAGGGCGCAUCCCUCUUCCGAUCCCGAAGGACGUAUUCUGGAGUUACAUUCGCCCGAUGGGGUGCACGAGUGCUGGUUGAGAGCCGCUGAUAACACCGAGGCGAACGUCUGGUUCAAUGCUUUGCACUCGGCGUUGGCAGCCCUCACCUUGAAAGCAUUACGACUGGCCUCAGCACUUCCGGAUCCGCAGCAGCUUCAGCAUAUUGGCUGGCUCGCGAGGAGACAUUGUCUUCAGAACGGACGAGCCAGUAGCGAGAGCAGCGAGGACGGGGCCGGAAGUAGCGCGAGCACCUCGCGGGGCGCCGGGAGCGGAUUCGGCGGAUGCACGGGAGGGUGGCGCAGCGUCUUCGGAGCGGUUUCGGGUCGGGAACUCAGAUUAUACGAAUGCGCACCCUGGAGUCCAGAAGCAUGGGCUUCGCCGAGUAUCACUUGUCCUCUUAUCGCAACACGACUGGUUUCCUCCCCGACGCGACAAAACGAAGUAGCGAGCAGCAGUAGCGGCUCGACUCAACACGGAGCGACGUUCGCGGUUCGAGUCGGCACGAUCGACGGUGUGGUUACGCACCAUUUGCGGGCCGAAACACGAAGGGACUUGGCAGCUUGGGCGCGAGCGAUAGUACAAGGAUGUCACGCGGCCGCUCACUCCUUGCGGGAGUACAGCGUUCGUUGCGUGUGGCAAGGUAAGGCCUGUCAGUUAGUUGUCAACCACGAAGAAGGAUUCGCGCUUUAUUCAGCGGGCGCGCGGGGCACAACCGGAAACGGUGUAAGUCCCGGAUCACCUCCCACACCGCUCUGGAGAAGAUCCUUUGACAAAUUGAAAAUGUCCGCGGACGACGGCGCGCGUCUUCUUUGGCUCGAUUUUGGUGGAGAGGACGGCGAAAUUGAGCUCGACCUGGAGAGUUGUCCGAAACCAAUAGUAUUUGUCCUGCAUAACUUUCUUUCGGCGAAGAUCCAUCGACUCGGUCUGACCGCAUAGGGACACGAGGGGGCCCUGACGGAGGCCCCCGAUCUGCCACCUCACACUACCAGAUCCGUUACCAGCGUCUUUCUUCACUGAAACCUGAAGAGAGAAAGAACAAUCACCCCCAGAGAGAUGAGAUAGAGAAAAAAAAAGGAAUCUUUUCUCUUCAAUGAUUCGACAGUAAAAACGAAAAAUAGCCAUUUGAAAAUGUACUGGUGGAUAAGCGACGCGAUAUUUAUCCCUGGUUAUAAAAAAAUCACACGCAGCAAUUAUGGUUCUGAAAUUUUCGAGACGCGGAGAAAAGAAAAAAAAGAAUCGAUAAUGAGUUUUAACGAUGAUUGAUGCGUAGACGGAGAAUGCAGAAGGUACGUCUAGAGCCGAGAAUUCUGUAAUCCGAAGAUUUUAUAACAGAUAAUAUUACACCGGCUGGUAAUUGAGUUUUAUCCAAAACUUAAUAUUCCGAAUACUCUUUUCGAUGUUUGAAAUCUUGAGAGAUGUUCGAGAGAGAGAGAGUUCAAGAAUUUCAAUACCUAAAUGAUUCAACGUCGGCCUAGUUUCGUUUGUAGUUAUCACGUCGUCGGAAUUCUCGGAUUUGUUUAAUUAAAGAAUCUCGCAGUAUCUCGUUAGACAGUGACACAAAGUGUAGGUAAAAAUAAGACUGUAUAAGUUUGAUAGAGUUCGUUUGAUAGAAAAAAUUGUCGAGAGAGAAACUUGAUCGCGACAAAUUGACCAAGACGGUCAAUAAUUAAAAAAAAAUUCGGCAUUCUCUGUUCGCUUUUUUUUUUCUCCAAAACGAUAAUCGACACGAAGCCAUCCACGAGACGAUAUAUCGAAGAAAGUAAUGUAACGACACACAUAUACAAGGACGGAGAAAGCGGAAAGAGGUGAGAAGAAUUAACCUACAUGCCGCUAAUCAACGCGCCUAAGUAACUAAUUAAUUAACUAUUUACCUAAAUCGUAAGAUUAAGAUUAAUCGCAAAGAACUGACGUGGCGGAUUAUCGAUAGAUAUAUUAUUCAUUUGAGAUCCGGUCGGGUGUCGAAUCGCGAUUAUAUUGUAGUGAGCAAUGGAAAUCAGGCGCGGGACGCGAUCGAUUAAACGAUGGCGCACGCCGAUACAGAGAGGUUCAGUUUUUAAACGUAAUUUUGAAUAAUCUCGGAAAUCGUAUCGCAUUCUGAUAAUUGAUAAGCACAAAGUAUUUUCAAUUUAGGAUAAAUCUUUUAAUG